CCGCGACUCCCUACUCCUUCUCCUACUCCGUGCUGGACCCCGACCGCGGCUCCGACUUCGGCCACGAGGAGGAGAGUGACGGACGCGUGGUGACCGGCCAGUACUACGUCUCUUGCCCGACGGUCGCCGACAGACCGUCAACUAUGAGGCGGACCACACGAAGGGUUACAUGUCUGAGGUCGAGUACAACAACGAGAAGACUGGAGCUAGGCCAAUAGGAACUGGAGGUAGGCCUAUAGGGAUUGGAGGUAGGCCUAUAGGGACUGGAGGUAAGCCUACAGGGACAGGAGGUAGGCCUACAGGGACUGGAGGUAAGCCUACAGGGACUGGAGGUAGGCCUAUAGGGGGCUCGGGUCGUCCCAGCGUCUCCCACGGACCACCUAGCGGGGGAAACCGGUUCAGAUUACCGACUGGAAGCAGCAACCAAAUCCAGACGAGACCGAAUAAUAUCAACCGAUACCAACCACCGGCGGGAAGUACCAACACCAAGUUCCAACCUCCUUCGAGUAAUAAUAAUAUCAAGUACCAGUCGGCUUCGGGAGGUAGCAGUCCAACCCAGUCUUCAGCGGGUGGUAUCAACCGGUAUCAGGCUCCCCAAAGAGGAAGUACCCCAAACAAGCCUCCUAAAGACACUGGCAGCCAGUACCAGCCCCCACAAAAUACCGGAAGUCAGUCUCAGCCUGCCAAGUCUACCAUUACCAAGCUUAAACCUGCAAAAGACUUUGGCAACAAAUUCCAAUCGUCACAGAAUGAUGGCAACCAAUACCAACCGCCACAGGAAAAUGACAACCAGCACCAACCACCACGGCCUGUAGGCAACCAGUAUCAACCUCCCAAAGAUGUUGGCAAGAAAAAUCAACCGCUGAAGGACGUAAGUAACCAGUACCAGCCACCACAGGAAGUUGGCAACCAGUUGGAGCCACCACAGGAAGUUGGCAACCAGUACCAGCCACCACAAAGUUUUAACCAGUACCAGCCACCACAGGAAGUUGGCAACCAGUACCAGCCACCACAGGAAAACCCAGGAAGUUGGCAACCAUACCAGCCACCACAGGAAGUUGGCAACCAGUACCAGCCACCACGCCACCACAGAAGUUGGCAACCAGUACCACCACCACAGGAAGUUGGCAACCAGUACCAACCACCACAGGAAGUGGCAACCAGUACCAGCCACCACAGGAAGUUGGCAACCAGUACCAGCCACCACAGGAAGUUGGCAACCAGUACCAGCCACCACAGGAAGUUGGCAACCAGUACCAGCCACCACAGGAAGUUGGAAACCAGUACCAGCCACCACAGGAAGUUGGCAACCAGUACCAGCCACCACAGGAAGUUGGCAACCAGUACCAGCCACCACAGGAAGUUGGCAACCAGUACCAGCCACCACAGGAAGUUGGCAACCAGUACCAACCACCACAGGAAGUUGGCAACCAGUACCAGCCACCACAGGAAGUUGGCAACCAGUACCAGCCACAGGAAGUUGGCAACCAGUACCAGCCACCACAGGAAGUUGGCAACCAGUACCAACCACACAGGAAGUUGGCAACCAGUACCAACACCACAGGAGUUUGGUAACCAAUACCAGCCACCACAGGAAGUUGGCAACCAAUACCAACCACCACAGGAAGUUGGCAACCAGUACCAGCAACCACAGGAAGUUGGCAACCAGUACCAGCCACCACAGGAAGUUGGCAACCAGUACCAACCACCACAGGAAGUUGGCAACCAGUACCAGCCACCACAGGAAGCUGGCAACCAGUACCAGCCACCACAGGAAGCUGGCAACCAGUACCAGCCACCACAGGAAGUUGGAAACCAGUACCAGCCACCACAGGAAGUUGGCAACCAAUACCAGCCACCACAGGAAUUUGGUAACCAACUACCACAGGAAGUUGGCAACCAGUACCAAUCACCACAGGAAUUUGGUAACCAACUACCACAGGAAGUUGGCAACCAGUACCAGCCACCACAGGAAGUUGGCAACCAGUACCAGCCACCACAGGACAUUGGUAACCAAUAUCAACCACCACAAGACAUAGGCAACCAAUACCAGCCACCACAGGAGGCCGGCAACCAGUAUCAACUACCACAAGACAUUGGAAGUCAGUACCAACCACCACAGAAUGUUGGCAAUCAAUACCAACCACCACAGGACAUAGGCAACCAAUUCCAGCAACCACAAGACGUCGGGAACCAGUACCAUCUCCCCCCAGUGGUCAAUACCCAGUACUCAGCUCCCACGAACAUCGAAGCCCAGUACCAAGUAUCAAAAAGCGACAGUAUUCGAUACCAGAAUUCGAGAGCGCAGAAACAAGUCGUAGCAGACGAGUACCAACAACCAAAAGAAAGUUCCUCGGAUUGCAAAUGA